AUGUCCAACCAACAAAGACCAUUUUCAUGGUUCCGUUUGGCUCCUUUUGGUCGCCAAAUGCAACCAACUCCAGCUCCCACUCCACCACCAACCCCUCGGCCAACAGCAUUUCGAUCUCCUGCUCCACGACCAUAUAGGCCUCCUGCCCCUCAGCCUCGACCACCUGCUGUCACAUCUCCUCCUCCACCUGCUACUCCAAUUCGAGCAUUGUUCCCUGGCAUUACUGCACCAAAAUCUCCAACACCAUCUACUGCCCCUGUCUCUCCAGCCAAAUCAAUACUUUCUUCAUCACCUACAUCUCCUGCAUUUCUCCCAAUUGCUUCCUCUUCCUUCAGCUUAAAAAGCCCUGAAACCAAGACCCCAAAACCAACAGCUAAAACUGCAGCACCUCCACCCCCUUCCCCUGCCACCACCACUCCUACUACUUCAAGAAUUGUCAAGCCUUGGAACGAAUCUCCACCAAAAUUACACCCCGAAACAAAGCCUCUGUUUCGUCUACCUGGGAAAGAAACCGCUGGAAAUUCUAAGAUGAAUGAGAAAUCUGCUAUGGAUAGUAGUACAAAAUUUGAAAAAUUACCAAGGAGGUUGGUAACACUAAUUGGCGAAAACAAAGGGGCAAUAAUGCUAUUGAAACCAAAUUCCACCAAGAAAUCUUAUACUACUACUAAUAAUGUGUUUGGAGGUAAGUCCCAAACUGUUGGCAAGAAAGAAGAAGGCAAUACUGUUGAAGGAGAUCAAAAGAAGAAGAAAGAAGAUCAAAGUGACAUUAAUUCAAUGGAGAUGGAAGAAUCUACUAUGUUCAUUAACAGUAAUGUACAAGGAGUGAACAACUCGAUUUUAGACGAAUCGAGUUUCACUGACCAUGAUCCUGGUUUCCAUAUCUUCUUCUCAACGGAUUAA